AUGAGCAAAGCUUAUGAUAGAGUGUUGUGGGACUUCCAAACUGGGAUGAUGCUUAUAUUGGGUUUCCAUAUAGAUUGGGUCACUUUAAUAAUGAGAUGUAUGGCUUCUAUUAGCUAUACUCUAGGGAUCAAUGGGAACCUAAGUGACAAAAUUGUGCCUUCUAAGGGUCUUAGGCAGGGCGAUCCUCUUAGCCCUUGCAUAUUCUUUGUUUGUGCUGAAGGCUUCAUUGUGCUACUUCAGAAAGCUAAAGAGGAAAAAGAUGACAGAUUACUAUUUGGGGAUGAUUCGAAAGAGCGAGCAGAGAACAUGCAACAUUUUAAUUCGACAUAUGAAAAGGCUUUGGGUCAGAUGGUCAACUAUGACAAGUCUUUAGUUUUCUUUGGUUCGAGUUUUAAGGAAGAGGAUAACAAUGUUGUCUCGGAUGCUUUGGAAGUCCGUGCAUCUUCCAAUCCAGAUAAGUACCUUGGGUUGCCAAUGAUGGUGGGGCAUAGGAAAAAUAGGGCAUUCUCUUACUAUGUUGAUAGACUAAAAAGUAGAAUGGAAAGCUAG